UACACUCUAAAUCAAAUAUCCCAGAAUCAACAAUACAAAACUUUGACUUGAGUUCAGGAUCUGUUCCACCAAUUGUUGAACUGGAUCUGGCAACUGUUUGUCGCCAUUUAAAUCUAGGCAAGGAUAAAAAAAAUAAUUGAAAAUUAUGAGUGAAUCUAAAGAAGUGAAGUUAUUGAAUGUUGAUUUUGAAAAGCCUUCUCAAUUUACUGGUAGAAGUGUGGAGGAUGGUUUACCAGUUUCAGUUCCUUUGCAUGAUUUGGAAGAUUUACUUUCAUGGAAACCUGACGAUGCAGAAGAUAGUGGGCAGAUAUUCUCUGUAGCUACAGUUCCUUAUCUUGGGAAAAAUAUUCCAACUGGAUCAACAAAAACCCUUGUAUGUCAUGACAUGGCUGGUGGAUAUUUGGAUGACAGGUUCGUCCAAGGCAAAAUCAGUACUGAUGAUAAAUGGUAUUACUUAGCAUACUGGGAUAUUGUCGAUACGUUCGUUUAUUUUAGUCACCAUUUUGUAACUAUUCCUCCUGUGGGAUGGAUCAACAGUGCUCAUACUAAUGGUGUUGCAGUUCUGGGUACUUUUAUUGCUGAGAGUUUCAAUGGAUUUAGUAAAAGAUGUGAAGCAAUCUUUUCUCUUGACUGCAUUUGGAAAACAGUUGCUGAUAAGCUUGUUGAUAUUGCAAAGUUUUACAAAUUUGAAGGAUGGCUCAUCAAUAUUGAAAGCAACAUGAAUAAACCCAACACAGAAAACAUGUUGAAAUUUGUUAAUUAUUUGACUGAUAAAAUGCACGAUGCAAUAGAAGUAAGUCAGAUUAUCUGGUAUGACAGUGUCACUAUCGAUGGGGACUUGAGAUGGCAAAACGAAUUGAACUCCAAAAAUGGGCCUUUCUUCGAAGCUUGUGAUGGAAUUUUCCUCAAUUAUGGUUGGAAUGAAGAUACUUUGGAUAAUUCUAUGAAAUUUGCACUUUCAUCUGAACGAGUACAAGAUGUUUAUGUUGGGAUUGAUGUGUUCGGACGAGGUUGUUAUGGUGGAGGAGGAAUGAAUUCUGCUGCUGCUUUGAAAGUUAUCAGGAAAUACAACUUAUCUGCUGCUAUAUUUGCACCUGGCUGGGUAAAAGAAGUUUUAGGAAGUAAAAACUUCGAAGAAAAUCAGAGAAAGUUUUGGACCAGUCUUCAUUCUCACUGUAAUUCACAUAGUUUAAUAUGUGACAACAAAAUAAAAUAUCUGGCAUCUACUUUCAAUCCUGGCAUGAAUAUAACUUUAAAGCAAGCAAGGUUUCUUCGUUUGAAUGAACAAAGUUUAAUGCCGUCACUUAGCGAAAUAUCAUUUCAACAUAUUCCACUCGUGAAAACGCAUAAUCAUUCUAUCAAAACAAAUGGAUCUUCGUAUGUUACUUUAUUUCGUGAUCAGUUUAAUGUGGAAAAAAACCAUUGGUUGAUAGUUUAUAUAAAAGAAAAACACUCUGAAGAAGGAAUCACGCCCAAAAUUGUGAUCAGUGGUGAUGAACGAGUUACACUUGAGCCUCGGUUUAUGGAACUCCGCAAUGGUAAAUAUUGGGCAUUGAAAUUGGAUUUAAGUGCACCGUGUCAGCUUUGGUGCACAACAUCUAGAGAAGUUAGCUUGGAAAAGGUUGCACUAAUUGAUAUUGGAAAAACGCAAUUGCCAAAAGAUUGGCUUAAAAAUCAAGCGAAACAACCUAUACAUAUCGGCAUAACAAUUGAAGAUGUAAAGUGGAAAAAAUCAACAGUAAAGGAUGAUGUUUACUUGCUAAAUUGUACAUUGGUAUUUGAAAAUAUUGACAAAUAUCUACCCAUAUGGAUCACAUAUAAAACUUCCGGCUUAAACUUUGAAGAUUUAGGAUUGUCUCGUUGCAGGAAGUUUCGAAUUAAAGAUUUGUCUGUCCCAAGUCCAGUUUUUCACACUAUGGAUGCGAGUCUUGAAAUUCAAGUUAAUCAAUAUAGUCCUAUCUAUCCAUUUAAUCAUGCAGAUUAUCCACCUCGAUGUGGAUGUAUAACUAUAAAAUAUGCUGAAAAUAUAUCUAAUAAUUGAUUGGUGUAUCAUAAGCUUAUAAAUGAAUAAUGAGAAAAUGAAUAUUGUUUCCUGCAUUACUGCUAACUUCUAUUUCGGUUCAUCCUCUAUUCUUUCAAUAGUUUGUUGAUGCUUUUUAAUUUACCGGGAUGGUUCGAGUAUAAAUGUAACUAUUUCAAUUGUAUGUAGUUUGUACUAAAUAAGAAGAAGUGUAGCAAGCUAUUAGUUAUUUUAGGGUUUUAGUAGCUGUGUCACUUCUAUAUUACCUGUCUUGUUCUUUUGUAACUAUUUUGAAUAAUGCAUUUCGCUUAAUCAGAAAAUAUCAGGAUGCACAGUUGAAUGUGUUUGUAUCAAUUUAUAUCAUAUCAGUACUCAUAUUUCAUAAUUGUACAUAUACUAUUUGUGAUAUAAGGAUGCAUAUGUACAUGUUUCAAUGGGCCUUUGCAGUUACUGGAAUACAAAAAAGGCCAUUUGAGCCGAAGAAUUGAAUCUAAUUCAACUCAUCCUAAUUCUUUUCGUUUCCUGAUAUACAGCUUUUGUUUUCUCCAUUAGUCUAUGCUUUUUUAUGAUUGAUUCGCAUGACUUUUCUGAUGAUUUUUGAAACCCCGGCACUGAAAUCUAUGUCCAGUCAUUAACAUUCUAUCAACCCAACAUAUCACAAACUGAAUAUUAUUUGAACUUUGUUUUACUUUUAAACGAUAAUAUAAGUGUUGUACUUCCUAAUGUUCACAUAUUGCACAAUCUAAAUGCCCAUAAUAUAUGUUGAGAUUGAGCAAAGCAGAAUUAGGUCAUAUAUGAUAUUGAAUAAAUGAUAGAACAAAACUAAUAUAUGUUUACCAAACCUCUAUUUGACACAGUUCCAUUGUUGCGAUUAUGAGAUAUAAAAAUCUGUCUAUCUAUGAAGCAUUUUGUAUCAUAUUGUUCAUUUUUGCCAUACUUAAUCUUACGGAAUUAGUUUUUCAAUCUUUGAUUGUUUCCUGUUUGCAUACAGA